UUUAAACAGCAACAAACAAGAAGUGUUUAUAACAAUUUUCCCAAAGCGCGCCCCUUCGUCCAAGUCCAAGGCCUGGUACGCUUCUCUCUCUCUCUCUCUCUCUCUCUCGCUGUGUCUUCAACCUUCAUAGCUACUGAUGCGUCGAACAAAAACCGGAAUCCUCAUUGUAUCAACCAACGCUGUGUCUCAUACAAAGCCGCCGUUGAAACCAUUCCCCAACAUUAAUUUCAUUUUCCGAUCAACUUUCUCUUCCUCUUCCUCAUUUCUACAAACCAUACCAGACACAGAAUCCAAAUCAAUCUCAAACCCACUUUACAAUCUUCUCCCCCGAACCAAGAACCCCAACAACUUAGUCAAUCUCAUUUGCUCAAACCUCAAACAAGAAAAUACCCAUCUAGCUCUUCUUCAAAAUGACAUUAAAGGGAUUCUUCCUCAUCUGGGUGCACAUGAAAUUUCAAGAGUUUUGUUGAGGUGCCAAUCUGAUUGUUCCUCAGCUCUCACUUUCUUCGAUUGGGUUAAAAAUGAUUUGUGUAUCAGACCCACUACCCAGAAUUACUGUUUUAUUAUUCAUAUAUUGAUUUGGUCUCGAAAAUUUUCGCAUGCCAUGAAGUUGUUUUCUGAAUUGAUAGAAAUGGUUAAGGAUGUGUCACCAAAUGAUGAUGUUUUUGAAAGUUUAGUUUUGUGUAGUGAAGAUUGUAAUUGGGAUCCAGUUGUCUUUGAUUUGCUUAUUAAGGCUUAUGUGAAAGUCAACAUGAUUCGAGAAGGUUUUAGGACUUUUAGGAGGACUGUGGAGGUUGGUUUUGUCCCCAGUGUGAUUGCUUGUAAUUUGCUUUUGAAUGGGUUGGUGAAGCUGAGUCGCGUUGAUCAAUGUUGGGAAGUAUAUGAAGAGAUGGGGAGACUUGGGAUACACCCGAAUGCUUUUACGUUUAAUAUGUUGACUCAUCUGUUGUGCAAGGAUGAAGAUGUGGAUAAGGUGAAUGGCUUCUUGGAAAAGAUGGAAGAAGAAGGGUUUGAUCCAGAUGUGGUGACGUAUAAUACAUUAAUUAAUAGCUAUUGUAGAAAAGGAAGGCUUGAGGAUGCAUUUUAUUUGUAUAAGAUUAUGUAUAGGAGGCGUGUGUUUCCAGAUUUAUUUACAUAUACUGCCUUGAUGAAUGGUCUUUGUAAAGAAGGUAAGGUUAAGGAGGCUCAUCAGCUUUUUCAUCGGAUGGUUCAUAGAGGGCUAAGUCCAGACACCAAGUCAUAUAAUACUCUUAUUUGUGGAUAUUGCAAGGAGGGGAAGAUACAAGAGUCUAGGUCAUUGUUGUAUGAGAUGAUAGGAAAUGGGGUUCGCCCAGAUAGUUUCACUUGUGGGAUUAUCAUGGAAGGAUAUGGAAAAGAGGGUAGGUUGCUUUCAGCUUUGAAUUUGGUUGCGGAGCUUGAGAGAUUUGGAGUUCCUAUUUCUCGUGACAUUUAUGAUUAUCUAAUGGUCAGACUGUGUCAGGAAAACCGGUCAUUUGCAGCUAAAAGUCUUCUGGAAAGAAUCUCUCAGCAUGGUUAUCUGCCUGAUAUUGAUGUCUACAAUGAACUGGUUGAGUCGCUUUGCAAAUGCGAUUAUGCAGAGGAGGCUUUGGUUUUGAAAGCCAAGAUGGUAAUUCAAAAUAUAAAACCCAAUCUUGUUACAUACAGGGCUCUUAUAAGCUGCUUGUGUAAAAUAAACAGAAGUGUGGAUGGUGAAUCUUUAAUGGAAGAAAUGGUUAAAUCUGGCGUGGCACCCGAUCUAGCAAUAUGCAGGGCAUUAAUAAAUGGAUACUGCAAGGAAAGGGAUAUUUACAAAGCAGAAUCACUAUUGGGCUUCUUUGCCAAGGAAUUUCAAAUUUUCGAUACUGGAAGUUACAAUACACUUGUCAAAGCCCUCUCAGAGAAUGCUGAUGUGGCCACUUUAAUGGACCUCCAGGAUAGGAUGCAAAAAGUGGGGUUUGCACCAAAUAGCCUGACAUGUAAGUUUGUGAUCCAUGGGUUAUGGAAAGCUACAGCACUGGACAAAAAGAAGCUUAAUGUGGAAUGCAUGUAGGGAUGGAAUUGUGCCCUGUUCUCUCUGGAUAGAUGAUCUGAGGAAGUGUCAAGUAUCCACGGUCAGGGGGUACAAUCUGUCUUGAGUCUACCGCAUCAGCUUAUUAUGUGCUUGAUUCUACGGUGGUCUUUCUGCUGCUUGGUGGGUGAUGUGGAUAAAUUAAGAGCUUUCAGCUGAAGAACACAGCAGAUAGGGCAGGCAACAGUGGCAAACCCGUGUGGGCAAUUCCCAACUUAUGGCAUGUGGAGGCAUUGGCAGUUGGGAACCAAAUACAACUCAAAAUGAUCCCAACUAGAGCUCUAGGACCUGUUAUCAGUGAUGAGUUCCAGGGCGGCAGCACUUCCCUGAUUCUUCUGACCUCCCCUCAAGAGUUCAGGUUUGAUGAGGGAAACACUUGCAAUUGCUCGGCGGGGUCGCUUAUAGAAAGUAAUACCAAUAUUGAUACCAUGCCUUUGCAUGCGUGGUAGAAAUUCAAAUCAUUUUAAGUUUGUUUGUAUAAAUCAUACUUCUACGUGGUCUUUGGAAUUUCAAUAAAAUCCUCUGUAAAGUCAA